AUGCUGCCGCUCAAGCCCCAGCCAGAAGGCGGUGACGCCUCUCAGCGUGCUUUGCAAGAUGGGCCACUAGACAACCGGCGCUGUACAGAUGUGCCGUGCUCGUGCCUAUUCCUUGGACAUGCAAUUUUCUUUUGGUUCCUGGUGUCGCAGGGGUUCCAACAAGGCAACAUUCAGCAGCUUUAUUUGCCACGAGACUUCCGGGGGGCCUUCUGCGGUCUCGCAGAUGGAGGCGGCUCCGGCGUCGCGUCUUUCCCGAAGCUGUCCUUUGCAAUGAGCGCCUCGGAGACGUUCGACAAAAUGGCGCUGGAGAUGCUCUGCUCCGCCGGCGAGAUCCCCUCACAGCUCUGUGGCGGAGGCUCUUCCUUGAGCGCGGCCUCGGAUGCCAUGGCUGCCUUGCAGAGCAGCCUGGCCGACCCCUCGAAAGCGUUGAGCCAGCUUGCGGGCAACGGCAUCUUCCCAACACCGACGACUGUGUUGAGCCAAGCCACCAGCUACCUCACACCAGUGUGCACCAGUUCCUGCAGCGCACCAAAUACGAAUCGCACGUUCGUGUACAGUGCACCCCCCGGAGCGCCGUGGGCAGCUGCUUGGCAGCGCUUCGCCGCUUCCACAGCGGCUGCGGGGCUAAGGCUGGAGUUCCCUGCGUGGAGUUCCGAGCACUGCCCGUAUGACGCCCGGUACUGCGUGCCAUUUCCUGGCCUGAGCCUGCAGGAGGGUCCUGACGACAUCUGCCUGCCAGAGUUGGACUCCACCUUGGUGUCUCAGAUUGGCCAGUCGCUGACACAGCAGCUCGAUGCCUUGGCUUCGCUCAACAUCACCCAGGGCGUCCUGCAAGAUGUACAGCAGUCUGCCGGCUCGCUGCUGGUGACCUGGGAUGCCUUUGGUGUGGUCGCGUUUGCGGCCCUGAUCUUCAGCGUGGUCUACCUUACUCUUGUCCGCUUCUUCGCAAAGCCGGUGGUGUGGCUCUCGAUUCUUCUGGUCUGGGCGGGCUUCCUCACUGCUGGCACGCUGGCGGUGCUGUAUGCCUCGCAGUGCCUGGAGGCCGGCUUGCUUCAACCUGCAGCAGAGACCCUGCUCUUGCUCCAGAAUGCCACAGGUCUGGGCAAUGUGCACAAUGCUUCGGCGCCGUCGGGCGGUUGCCAGGAGUUGGGUGGCUACGUGGUCAAAGAUGAGAUCCUGCGAACAAGCCUGCAGGUUAUCGGCUACACUCUACUUGGAUUUGGUGCCGUCUGGCUGCUGUUGGUGGCAUGCUUGCGCAACCGGAUCCAGCUUGCCAUCGCGGUGAAUGAAGUGGCCGCGAAGUUCGUAGUCCACCAUCCCCAAAUGAUCGGGAUCCCCCUCUUCCAGUUCUUGCUGGUCGUGGCCUGGCUCGUGGUUUGGCUCGUUUGUGCCGCACUCAUCGUCGCUGGGGUGCCCCAAGACUACGUGCCGAGCCAGGCCUUUGCCACCGAGGUGGAGGCUGCUGGAAAUGCGACGAUGCCGGGUGCCUGCACUGACAUGGUGCCCGCAGGUUUCGCAUAUGAAGACGUGGCGACAUGCGUGCCGGACAAUACAACCUCCGUCCCUCUCUGCUGGCGGUGCGCGGCGCCACGUUACACCAUGGGCUGGCCUUUCUGGUAUGCACUUUUUGCUCUUCUAUGGCACAAGGCAUUACUCGACGCCAUCUGUCAGUGUAUCAUCGCUGGUGCUGCGGGGGCCUGGUUUUUUACCAGAAAGGAUCAGAAGGCCGCGGCGUUCGUUUGCUGUCCCGCAUUCACGAACGCUGUGAUUUGGCACUUGGGAUCCUUGGCGUUUGGUUCCCUCAUCCUGGCCAUCGUGCAGUGGCUCAAGUGGUUCAUGCGCUUCCUGUCAGAGCAAGCGAAGUCGAGGAAGAACCGGGUGCUACGUGUGGUAUUUUGCAUUCUGGGCUGCUGCAUUUGGUGCUUUGAGAAACUCAUCAAGUUCCUCAACAAGAACGCCUACAUCCAGAUCGCCCUGAAGGGCACGAACUUCUGCACUUCAGCAUGGAGGGCAUUCGAGCUGCUCCUGCGGAACAUCAUCCGCUUCGGCGCGCUUUCUCUGCUGGGCUCGCUUGUCCGUGGCCUAGGGACUACCUUCAUCUGCAGCGCAACCGCUAUUUGUGGUUACUUUGUGAUGCAGUCGUUCUAUCCGGAGAUCAGUCCCAUCCUGAAUGUCCUCACCUACAUUCUUCUGGGAUUUGUGACUGGCCGCUUGUUCUUGAACCUGAACUCGAUGACCUGCGACACGAUCAUGCACUGCUACAUCAUCUCGGAGGAGGCGGAGAUGAAGGAUCGCGCGGACUUCGUGCCGACAGAGCUCAAGUCGCUCAUGAAGGAUCAGGACUUGAAAAGCAAGGCACGACGCAGCCUCGCUAGGCUCCGAUCGUCGAAGUACUUGCUGCUUGCCAUGCUGAUCGUGCUGGAGCCAUUGGAUCUUGACGUCAUCUUGCACUUGAGUUUAUUGGUACCAGCUGCAAAGCCAGAGUCCGCGCACAUCGUCACUGCGGCAAGCCGGCCGGACUGGUGA